AUGUUGCUAUAUUUUGUUCUUUUAUCAAGUUUUGAUUAUUUGUUGUUUAUACAUUUGGUUCCCAUUGAAGUUAUUAAUAUUACUGCUGUUAAGUAUAUUGUUGAUAUAAGUCAACAGACUAAAGAAGUGUAG